AUGUCACACCACGAGUAUGAUGGACCAGAAACAAAUCAUGCGUCAAUCGCAGGAAAUACCACGAUGUCAGAUGCUGCACUGGCACAAGCUUCUGAGUGGUAUCGUGAAUGUCUACUGAAGCAUACCACUUGCACCGCUCCACUGGCAUCCAAGUGCCUCAUGCCAACUAGACUGCUUCGCAUUGAUGAAGAUGAAAAAUAUGUCAGGCUUGUUGUAACAAAAGAAGAAGCGGCCCAGGACUCACGUUAUUCAACCCUAAGUCAUUGCUGGGGAAAUUCCAAUAUUCUAAAGCUUACAGUUUCGAAUCUGGAAAUGUUUAAAGCUGGUAUCCCUCUCGAGCGACUCCCGAAGACGUUUGUUGAGGCUGUAUUUAUUGCUAGAAAGUUUUCUACUCCUUACAUAUGGAUAGACUCACUUUGUAUCAUACAGGACUCUGAGGAUGACUGGCAGACUGAAUCUGUCUCUAUGGAAAAUGUCUAUGGCAACAGUAGUCUGAAUAUAAUGGCUACAGCCUCUAAAAACAGUCAUGAGGGUCUUUCUCGAUCUCGAGACCCAAAGGUGUUGGAGCUGUGUCCAGCAGUUCAGUCAAAAUGGGAAGGUGCUCAGAACGAUCUAUUCUAUUUAAUCGACGAGAACAUCUGGAACAAGAGAUUGUACAGUGGACCACUGCUAGAGCGAGGCUGGGUUUUGCAAGAACGUGUCUUGUCCCCUCGAUCACUCCAUUUUUGUGAUAGCGAACUACUCUGGGAAUGCAGGGAGAUGGCUAGUUGCGAAACAUACCCAGCAGGGCUACCAAGAGUUUGCAAGCAGAUGAAUUUCAAGUCAAGACCACUGUCGGGUUCCGAUUCAUAUGGAAGGAAUCAAACAUAUCUAACGAAAGAUUCGGACAAACUAGUUGCAGUCAGUGCCCUGGCCAAGUGCACACGGGCAAGUUUCGGUGAUGUCUAUGUGGCAGGCCUUUGGAGAUAUAUGUUUGUCGAUCAGCUUCUUUGGAGCGGUCUGUCCAUUUCUCGCCCGAAAGACUAUCGAGCGCCGACUUGGUCCUGGGCCUCUGUGGAUGGCUUUAUCGACCCUGCUUCCGUCCAUUCCAAUACUAAAUAUCACAUUGAAAUUGAUGAAGUACAAGUUACGCCCGUUUCCAGCGUCGAUGACACUGGUUCCAUAUUGGAUGGAUACUUUCGUGCGCAGGGACUGCUAAUACGCGACACAAUUGUCAACGAUAAGAGAUAUGGCAAUGUUCUCCUCCUCGCUGGGCAGGGUGAAGAUAGAUUUAUUUAUGUAAAGCUAGAUGCACCGGCCGACCAAUGCGGAAAAAGAGGUGAUAGUCCUUCCUAUCUUGUCAAACUCAGAUGGGUCGGAUAA